AUGUCCACCAUCGUCAUCGACGACAAGUACGCGUUGAGUGACUCGGACUCUGUCGACGCCGACGCCCCGCGAUGCGCGAACUGCGGCGUCGCGAGCGACCGACUCAAAAAGUGCGCCAAGUGCCGGCGCGCGCACUUUUGCAACGCCGCGUGCCAGCGCGCGGCGUGGGACGCGCACGCGCGCGAGUGCGUCGCGGAUGCGAACGCGAAACCGGCGUACAAACCGCCCGAACCGCCGCGAAUGCCGACGAAGGCGGAAAAGGAAGAGGCGAAGGAGAGCGAGACGCGGCGAAUUCGCGAGACGACGUUGCCGCGAGCGCGCGCGGCGUUGCGAAGAGAUGGCGUCUCGACAACGGUAGAUUUAGACGAGUUGAUCGAGGGAUUAGAAGACGCGAUCGUGUUCGCGAUCGGGGAGGAGGAUCAGGGGUUGACUCGCGAGGUGCGGUUGGUGCUGGCGAGGGCGUAUUUAGAGGCGAAGCGCGCGGAUGAAUGUUUGCACUAUUUGGCGCCGGCGCUGGAGGAGGCGCGAAAGGAGGGCGGGGCGGCGAGCGCGGACGCGCACACGCUCGCGGCGAAGGCGCAUUGCGCGAAGGGCGAGAAAGAACAGUGUCGCAAGGAAUUGACGGCGGCGUUGGAUUGCGCGAGCGAAUCGACGAGCGACGAAGCGCAGUGCGAUACGUUGCUCGACGCGGGGAUUAUUUUACACGAUCUCGGUGACUGGGAGCGAUGUGCGCCGUUGCUCAGCACCGCGGGCGAGGCGGCAGAAAAACUCGGUCGCUUGCGCGAGGCGGCGCGCGCGUAUAAUCGCGCGGGUUCGGCACUUUUGCGUUCGGGUCGGCCCGACUACGCCGGGCGAUGCUGGACUCGAGAGCUGCGAGUGCUAGAGGCGGACGAUUCCACCGAUCCAGGGACGUUGGCGCAGGCUUUCGCGAACUGUGCGAGCGCUUUUUUACUCACUCGCGGCGAAGACGAUGAUGCGUUCAACUUACACAAGAAGUCCGCGCUCACGAAGGCCCGCGAGUCUGGAAAUGACGCUGAGGCUCGCGUUUACUUGCAAUUAGGCAACGCUUACAAACUCGCCGGAGACGCGAUAGAUGAUAGUUUAGCGCGCGCGAAAGAUUGUUUCGAGAAAGCAAAGUCGUUAUCGGCGACCGAUGCUGGCGAGAUCGCUUCGCGGGCUUUAGAAAUGCUUAGUCUGUAA